AUGUCAGCUUGGGCGAAAUUGACUCGUUUCUCACGACGAUUCAUACACUUCAAGCAAAUGGAUUUCGAGUUUGCUUCAUGGCAAAUGCUUUAUCUGUUGAUUCAACCACAAAAGGUUUACCGCAAUUUUAUAUACAGGAAGCGGACAAAAGAUCAGUUUGCUCGUGACGACCCAGCGUUUCUAGUUCUAUUAUCUUUGGCUCUCUUAUUUUCUUCUAUCUUCUAUGCGGUUGCUCUCGGCUUGACUCUUUGGGGAUUCGUCAAGUUCUUCUUCUGGGUUGUUUUCGUUGACUGCAUUGGUGUAGGACUAGUAAUCGCAACAGUUUUGUGGUGGUUGUCAAAUAGGUUCCUUCGCAAGAUACAAGAUCAAGAUGUGGAAUGGGGUUAUUGUUUCGAUGUACAUCUCAACGCCUUCUUUCCCAUGUUGAUUCUUCUCCACGUACUCCUUCCAAUAAUUUAUCCGACUCUGGUCGAUUCUCCGUUCUUUCUGCCAAUCGCACUUGGGAAUACUAUUUGGUUCCUUGCAGCAGUUUAUUAUGUCUAUAUUACGUUUCUCGGUUAUACAGCGCUACCAAUUCUGCAUCGUACGCACUAUUUCCUGUAUCCCAUGACGUUUUUAUUUAUCCUAUGGGUGGCUACGAUUACUGCUGGAUGGAACAUUUCUCGGAGCGCCAUGGGCUUCUACCACUACAGAGUGCGAUCUAACGAUUAA